UUUUUGCUUGUUCCGUUGAGUCGUUAUCACGUUAAUUUGGUUUUAACUAUAUUUUAAAUUAAAAUGAACCGGUAGUUUACAGUAUUAGCAAUACAAAUUGAUUUAAGUUCAAAAUUUUAUUGCAAGGAACUGUGGUUACGAAAAUAAUUUUAACUGUAAGAUUAAAUAGCAACCCUAUAAUAUGAAUAAGACAUCAACAUACAAUAUCACCGAAAAUCCAAUCCAAAAAAUGGAAUUGACUUCAAGAAAUAUAGAUAAUGCGUUACUACUCGAUAGUAACUCUCCAAAAUUGAUAGACUUUAUGAAUAUAAAUCCCCAGAAUGGAUCAACAGCUAGUGGCUUUGCAGAUCAUGACUAUCCAACGUUUAGUGGGGUAUCACACGUUAUGAACCAUAUGACGCAAAUAAAAUGCGUGAAUAAUGUCCCUUUGCCAUCAGAAAUUGUUGACCACUUUGCACGAGUGCAAUGUCACUGUAUGAUGGGAUUGUUUUGUGAAAUAAACAGAGCUUGGUUAACUGUUGACAGUGAUAUUUAUGUAUGGACGUAUGAACAAAAUACGGAUUUAGCAUAUUUCGAUGGUAUAAAUGAAACCAUUGUAUGUGUGGGUCUGGUAAAACCUAAAAUUGGAGUUUUCCAUUCCUUUAUUAAAUAUCUACUCGUUUUGGCAACUUCUGUUGAUAUCAUAGUAUUAGGUGUAACAUUUACUGAAAACACUGAUGAAAUCCAACUUAUACCAGACCCAGUAUUCACAUUGACGACUGAUGGUGCAACAGUUACAAUUAUAAACAGUACAGAGGAUGGUAGGAUAUUCUAUGGAACAAAGGAAGGAAAUCUAUUCGAAAUUUCUUAUCAGGCUGAAAGUGGAUGGUUUGGAAAACGCUGUAAGAAAAUCAAUCUUUCUACUAGCACCUUAUCAUUUUUAGUUCCAUCAUUUUUGAAUGCAGCAUUAAGUGAAGAAGAUGGUAUUUGUCAAAUUUCUAUAGAUGAAAGUAGACAUAUAUUAUACACUUUAACAGAAAAAGGAACCAUCGAAGUUUGUGAUUUGGGGGAAAAAGGAACUAGUUUUUCUAAAAUUGUUAAAAUGUCACAAACUACCUUAGUUAAUCAAGCUAUGAGUACAGUCAAAACAUUGGACAGUCAAAAUUUUCGACCAAUAGUAAGUAUAUCAGCUAUUGAAGCUUCUGAAUCAGCGAAUCUUAAUUUAGUAGCAGUAUCUCAGACCGGAGUUAGAUUUUAUCUCACAGUAGUAAGUCUUUCUAAUCAACAACCUAACCAAAGACCCUACACUCUAACUCUGGCUCACGUGAGAUUGCCACCAGGAUAUUCGGCCAACAUUUCAGUCAGACCCAGAGCGGUUCAUGUGUCACAUUAUAGAGAUAGAAAUUUGGUAUUGAUUUCAACUGUUAAUGAAAAAGAUGUUCUUUGGUGUAUGAGCUCAGAUUUAUUUCCCUUUAAUCCAUCAUUAGUGGAGGCUUAUUCAGUUGUAACUUUGGAUGGACCAGCUUUGGCUAUAUCAGAGGUGAGAAGUACGAUGCCGUUACAAUUACCUGACAACCAAGAAGCUCCUCCUCUUGUAGUUAGACAACAUGCAGAACCACCUAAAAAGUACAUAGUACUAACAUCUCAUAGCGUUCAAAUUUUCAUAAAAUUGCGCCCUGUCGAUAUUUUGAAUCAGAUAUUAAAAGACAGUCACGGUCAAGAUACGGAAGCACUUAAAACAUUCUUCGCAAUUCAAAAGGAAGAUCAAGCUUGUGCUACUUGUUUAAUUUUGGCAUCAUUGGAAAAUGAGGAUAAUCUGGAGGUAGCCGAAUAUGCUGCUAGAGCUUUCUUUUUGUAUGGAGGAGAGCCUAAAUUGGUGUCCAACAAUAUGUUUUCCGGAACAAGUUUUGCUCCACAAAUAAUUUCGACACCGAGUCCACACCAAUUUCCAUCAGCACAGUAUCAACAUCAAACAAUAUCACCGACUUCUACUACUUACGAUCUAUCCACUCCAUUCAUAUUUUCUGCCAAACAUAAUGGACUAUAUUUGUAUUUAAGUAGAAUAUUGAGACCGAUUUGGUUGCGCAGAACUGUCGAUAGACUUUCUUUAGAUGGAAAAAAUUUAACAACUUAUAGUACCGUAACUGGAGAUGAUUGUAUAUUCAUCUUGAAUAAUUUGACAGCCUUACACAAUUUCCUUAUAAAAAAUACUCAACUUUCGGCAACCAAUACGAGUCAGAGCCAAAUUCAAAAUGUUACUUUCAACAAUACGUCUAUGAAUGUUACAAGGAUGAAUCAUACAAUACAAGAUGCCCAAUUAGAAGAGAGAAUGUCGUUGAAUGCUUUGAAAAUAUUCGUGUCCCAUUGUUGUCAAAUAUUGGGUUUAUGGCGUAUCCUGUGUGAACACCAAUUUCACUCUUUAAUAGCAUCUCUUCCGGAAAAUGAACAACAAAUUCUUCUGAACACAUCUUUUAAAGAUUUGUUCCUUUAUAAGCACGACAUAUGCUCGUUGCUCAUUUCUGCAUUGGUCCAUUCGUAUUUGGGAGAUAACGCAUCCGUUGAUUCGAUAAGCAGCAAAUUAAGAGAAGUUUGUCCUCAAUUGUACAGAACUGAAGAUGUAGCGUUUUCGAAAGCAAUUGAAAUACUGAAAAUGGUUCGAACUACACAAAAUAUCGAUGAUAAAGAAGAAAUGAUCUAUUCCGCAGUACAAAUAUGUAAAUCUAUUGGACCCACUUUAAAUAUAAAUGACGUUUGUAAAGAACUUUGCAAUUUGAAAGCUUAUAAAGCUGUUAUUGAAUUAUGUGCCCAUUUUGCCAAAAAAAUCGACCCCGAUAGCAUUGCUGAAAAUUACUACAACUCCGCUGAUAAUAGUGGGGAUCAAGAAGGAUAUGCUUUUUACCAGGAAAGAUUGGAAAUUUAUAGACAUUUGUUAAAUAUGUUGGAUUCUUUAUAUACAGAGCAAAACCAAACUCGAGAAUCGUCGAUAAAUUAUAAUUAUUCGAACAAUCAGUCCUUAAUAUUAGAUGGUAAGGAAGAAUCACAAGCCGGAUAUGUGAUAAAUCAAGUUAUCAACGAUAUUUUGGAUACGCCAGAUGAAAUCAUGCAUAUUUCUUUAUAUGAUUGGUUAGUAGCCAAAAAUAUGAUGGGCGAUUUAUUGAAAAUACAUAAUUCAUCUUUGGAAACCUACCUUAAAAGAACUGCUGCUAAAAAUCCCAAUAAUAUAGAUUCGAUGGACCUCCUUUGGAAAUACUACGAAAAUAAAAAUAAUCAUGCUGCGGCUGCUAAAAUUUUAAAUAAUCUUGCUUCUCGUACGGGGGUGAAUAUACUGUUUAAAGAAAGACUGUCGUACUUGGCUAGAGCGAUCAUGUGUAUGCGCAGUGAUAAAAUAGGCUAUGCCCCAUACUUGGGCGUAUUCCUUAGAGAUUUAGAAGAUAGAAUGGAAGUUGCUAAAGUACAAGAACAAAUUUUAAAUGCUAUUAUCAAUUUACAAGGUCAAAUACCGAACGCGCAAGAAGCCAUUAAUGUUUUAAAUUCCGGACUGUACGAAAUAUCACAGCUAUAUGAAAAUUUCGCUGAGCCUUUUAAAUUAUUAGAAUGCCAAUUAGCUAUCAUCGAUUGUGCCGGAUAUACCGAUCAAAAUCUAAUAGAAUCUAUAUGGCAACAAAUUUUAACGGAAGAAUUGAAGAAAACUUUUGGAACUGGAACUGACAAAGUGUGUCAGCUUUUGAAUAAAGUUAAACAAUUGGCUAAACAAUACGCUCAAUCGGUCAACUGCUUCCCCUUAAGUUACAUUGUUUACGAAUUGGAAAUAGUAAAUGCAAAAUUGAAAGGAGACAAACAACUUGUACCCACUGCCCUAGAAAGUAUGAAUAUUCCAUUUGAAAGUCUGAUUAAUGUUUAUAACAAUUUAAAUACAUUGUCAGUCAAUGACCAUUUUUGGCAACUGGAAGAGAAUGAAUUUCACUUAUCAGAAGCCAUUGCCGCAUUAAUAAAUUGUUUUCUGAGUAACUAUGAUACAUACAACAGCAUUGAAAAGAGGAGAAUCACUUCAUUAUGUCAAGAUACGGUGGUGGCUCUAUUAUCCAACUUAUACAGUAAACCGAAUACAGAACUGUUAAUUAAUAAGCUGAAAAAUAUACAAGCCAAGUUAUCUAGAAUUUAAUAAAAUAUAUUUUUGUCAAUAUGAACUUUUUUUAAUUAUUAUUAUUAUAAUAAAUAAAUUUACAUAUGC